AUGGUUAGGUGGUACUUGGAUGAUGAUGAUGAGGAUGAAUAUGAGGACGAUGUGCUUAAGCCAGAGAGAUUGCUUCAAAGAACAGAUCGAGGUGCUGGAUGGCAUCAUGUUCAGCAGCUUAUGCACGGGGCAGAUCAACAGUGUUAUGAUAUUCUUCGCAUGAAUCAGAGGACAUUUCAAGAUUUGUGUAAGAUGUUAGCGACGAGAUGUGGGUUAAAAGAAACGAACAAUGUCUAUAUUGAAGAAGGGGUUGCAAUGUUCCUUGAAGUGGUGGGUCAAGAUAAGACGGUACGGGUUAUUGCAGAAAGAUAUCAGCGUUCGUUGGAUACGGUCAAAAGGAAACUUGAAGAGGUUUUGAGUGUUCUCUUGAAAUUUGCUGCAGAUGUACUAAAACUAGAAGAUGGUGAGUUCACAAGAGUAUGUCCUGCUUUGAGAGAUGAUGAUCGAUACUGGCCAUGUUUUAAAGAUUGUAUUGGGGCAUUGGAUGGAACUCAUAUCUCAGUUCGCCCUCCUAAGCGAAAUGAAGAAGCAUACCGAGGUAGAAAACAGGAGCCGACCAUGAAUGUCCUUGCUAUAUGUAACUUCGAUAUGAAGUUCAUAUAUGCUUAUGUGGGUGUACCGGAUAGAGCACAUGACACAAAGGUAUUGACUUACUGUGCGAGGAACGAGCCCUUUUUUCCACAUCCGCCAAAUGGAAAGUACUAUUUGGUUGAUGCGGGAUAUCCCACAAGAAUAGGGUAUCUUGGUCAGUAUCGCAGAGUUCGGUACCAUCUCGAUCAGUUCAACAGAGGAGGACCGCCAACGAACAGUCGAGAGGUGUUUAACCGGAGACAUUCAAGCUUGCGAUCAGUGAUUGAACGGACAUUUGGAGUAUGGAAAGCAAAAUGGAGAAUUCUUGACCGUAGGCAUCCAAAGUAUGGUUUGAUCAAAUGGAUAAAGCUAGUAACAGCAACGAUGGCUCUACAAAACUUCAUACGUGAUUCACAUCGAGAAGAUAAUGAUUUUGUGCGUUGGCAGAGAAGAGAAGAAUAUCAUACACAUGGAAGAGAAAGAGAGAAAGACGGUGAUGAGGAUGAAGAGAAGUGGAAUGAUGAUGAAGACAAUUAG